GCUGCCCCUCCCACUUGUGCCACAGGCGACUUGAAAAGCAACAACCUAUUUGACGACGAAGUGGUUUAAAUGUCACCUUUUUGCUACUUUUGCUGCCUGUUCGCCGUCUUUUCCACCAACAUGUAAACCGCCACCGCUUAACGUGGCGUCGACUUUGUGCUACACGGUAAACUCGUUCGUGUUUAGCGUCCUAAAGUCACGCUAGCAAAGUGUUUAUAUACCGUUUGAGCUUGUUGUAAAAGUUAGCGAAGAAGUGUAAGACAAUGUUUUAAACGCGGAGAAUGGACACAACCUCCGGGAAUCGAAAGGCAGGCCUUCUCAGAAGAUGGAUGUGCUAGUUAGAGCUCAGAGAAAGUGCUAGGUCCGCCGUCACUCACACAGCUCUGUAGCAGGAGUGCAGAGGAGGACAGCCCAGUCUUGGGAAAGUGGUACCAUGAUUGCGGAGGCAGAGGGGAAAGGACCCCCGGCUGCAGAAGCCAGCAAAGUGGCUGGGGGCUACAUGUCUUGUAACGCCCAGCAGGUCCAUAGUGUCCCUCUCGCUCAGCCCCCUGCCUCCAACAACACAGAAGAUGAGGAUGAAAGUGAAGAUGAGUCAGACAUCUUGGAGGAGAGUCCCUGCGGCCGCUGGCAGAAACGCAAAGAGGAGGUGAACCAACGAAAUGUUCCCGGCAUAGACAUGGCAUACUUGGCUAUGGAUACCGAGGAAGGCGUGGAGGUGGUGUGGAAUGAAGUCAUGUUCUCGGAGAGGAAGAACUUCAAGUUGGUGGAGGAUAAGGUAAACGCUGUUUUUGAUCAUCUGAUUCAUUUGGAACAUGCAAAUAUUGUCAAGUUCCACAAGUACUGGAUUGACGCCAAAGAGAACCGGGCCAGGGUGAUUUUCAUUACCGAGUACAUGUCAUCAGGAAGUUUGAAGCAGUUUCUAAAGAAGACCAAAAAGAACCACAAGGCCAUGAAUGAAAAGGCUUGGAAGAGAUGGUGCACGCAGAUCCUGUCAGCUCUCAGUUAUCUCCACUCAUGUGAUCCCCCCAUCAUCCACGGCAACCUGACCUGUGACACCAUCUUCAUCCAGCAUAAUGGCCUUAUCAAGAUCGGUUCAGUGGGUCCAGACACUAUCAACAAACAUGUGAAGACUUGCCAUGAAGAACAGAAGAACUUGCAUUUCUUUGCCCCGGAAUAUGGCGCUGUCACUGACGUGAGCACAGCUGUCGACAUCUACUCAUUCGGCAUGUGUGCCCUUGAGAUGGCGCUAUCGGAGAUCCAGGUAAAUGGAGAGUCCUCAUAUGUGUCUGAGGAUGCUGUCAAUACUGCCAUCCAGCUGCUAGAGGAUCCACUACAGAGGGAACUAAUUCAGAGAUGCCUGGAUUGUGACCCAUGCACAAGGCCCACCGCCCGAGAGCUGCUCUUUAACCAGGCUCUGUUUGAAGUGCCACUACUGAAGCUGCUGGCUGCUCACUGUAUUGUCCGCCACCAAUACAUGAUUCCAGAGAACGCAUUGGAGGAAAUAACCAAGAACUUGGACCCUAAUCUCGUUAUCGCUGACAAGAAAGAUGAUGUUCAGCUCAAGUUCUCACAAUUUCCAGCCUUGGAGCUCGAUAAAUUCCUGGAGGAUGUGCGAAACGGGAUUUAUCCCCUAACAGCGUUCGGCCUUCCUUCUCCGAAGCAUCCACAACAACAAAAUGUUAAAUCUCCCAUUAUCGUUCCUUUGGUCAAGUCCCCCACACCUGAGCUUGCAGAGCUUGAAACACGGCGGCUUAUUCAUAUGCAGUGCAAUGUUGAACUCAUUGAGGAGGGACCCAAAUUUCAUCUGACAUUGUUGCUGAAGCUGGAGGACAAGCUGAACAGACAUCUAAGCUGUGACAUGUUACCUCAUGAAAGUGUUCAAGAUUUGGCUGGAGAAUUGGUGCAACUUGGCUUCAUCUGUGAGAUGGACCAAACCAAAAUAGCCUCACUCCUUCAAGAAAGCUUCAGUCAAGUUCUUGACUAGCACCACGAGUGCUCCCAAACAUGUCUGUUACAUUUUCCCUUUAAAAGCACUCAAUAUGCUGGAUUUUUUAAAAAUAAGUAUAAAUAAUAAGUCUUAAUAUUGAAUGUGACCAAAAUGGUGUAUGUUUCUGUUACAUCAGGGAUGAACUUCACAAGUGCAUUUAAAAUGGAGUUGUUCACACGUUAAGACCAAAUGAUACCAAAUAAGCUAGACUGUGCCUUUCUGCAUCGUUCCACAUGCGCGUAUCCUAUUGAUACUCAUUGGUAUUUUUUUCCACGGUGCAACAUUCCCAGCUCUGUAACUAUUCUGUCAGGUCCAAUGUAAAGUAUUACUGAGUUAGUGUAACUCUUAACGGCUGAAUAUGUCGUUAUUUAACAAGCCUUUGGAACAAGAGCACGCUUGUUUCUGACGUGUGUGGAGACAAUCUUCUGUAAACUGUUACUAUAUGAGCAAAGCGUUACUGAAUUUCUCUUGGUCUUUGUUUUUAUGCCAUUCCACUUUAAAACCUCUCAUCUCACUUUGCUUCUUUUGUCUUAUUGUUUGUUUUACUAUUUCUACCUACACUAAAAUCAGACACCAUCUUGGUGUCAUUGAAAAUGGCUGUUCAUAGCAUCCGUUUCAUGAGAGUUUGACACGUUUUAUUUAUGGUACAGAAUAUUUUGUGUAAGGUAAGGUCCCUCGUUGCACAUCAUGGUAAGUAUCUGAACUGUUUUAUUCAUAUCGCAGGAAUCUCCUUGAAUUAAACAACAAUUUGAUUCAUAUGUUGCUUUGACAUUUUGUGACAUAUUAUCUUGAAGCUAGCUUGUGUUUCUGCAUAAAUCACAUCGGGAUUAAGAACACAGAAGAUGGUACAUACGUAUUAAUAAUAUCUGAUUUGUUAUUUGAGAAGUAUUUGUACAAUAGGGAUCAAUUGUAAUCUUUUGGAGAGUCAAUUGUACAAAAUAAAGCUGAAGCUGAAUUGUAAUAUAUUAUGUUUGAGACACAAAUUGUGUUGUUUUUUUAUUGCCACACUCAAUUUAUUGUUGUGUCAUGAUCAGUCUGGACAAAGAUGCAUGCACCAAAAGUUCUCUUAUUGUUGUCCUUAAAGAGUUAAUUUUCUGCAUUUGUUCGUUUUUUAAUACUGCAUUAGAUAUUGUACCAAAAAGCUAUGUUACUGAUACAUGUAGCACUUUCCAGCUUCAUAAAUACAUUUCUGGCUCCCUGUGGUUGUCUCGCAACACUUGGAAAAUGAUUAAUUCCAUACAGUUUGACCUUUGAAUAGAGUAAUUAAUCCUAGGGGCUCCAUUGUAAUGCUCAAAUUGUUGAACCUGUACAACAAACUUGCCAGGACAAAAAGAUUUAUACUCAUUUUCAUAGGUGGUUUGAACUGGUGUGUAUUCUAUUCAUGCUUUGAAUGUAUUUGGAUUAUGUUCAUGAUGAUA